UAUUGUAAAUAUCGUCACAUUAAUUAACUAUUUUUUUUAAUUUGUUUAGAGAUCUUGACUAUCGCUGAAGUCUUUUACUACAAAACAUUAUAUUUUUAUCAAAUAAUACUAUUGUAAAUAAUGUGAUCUUCAAUUGUGAAAGCUGAAAAAUUGUUAUUUUCAAGAGUAGAAUUUAUUCAAAGUAGCCUUUAUUUUAUAAUAAUUAAAGAAGUCUUGUAGAAAAUUAUUUUAUUGUCUGUAAAAUUCUGCGUUAUAAAUAAGCAAUUCAAAAGUUACUCUUAAGGUUGUUUUAUUAAAUAUUUUACAGUGAAAAUGGCUUUUGGUGAGAUAUUAUGAUCAAAUGCCAACUCCUAACACUUUUAUAAAGCACUGUGAAGAUGUAGGUUUAUUCCAAGAACUACAAAAGGUUAAUCCCUUUGAUGAAACAUUCAAAAAAGCUGUUGAAUGUAAAGAAAUUGUUGGUUAUACUGUUAAAUCUACAAAUUCAAACAGCAAUGAAUUAAAUACACCAUUUAUAGUGCCUAUUACUGCAACUUUAAAAAAUAGAUUAAGUUUUCCAAGUAUUGUAGUUGAUAAUCAUAAUGAAGAAUCAAUAUUGAUUGCACAAGGGGAAAAAAUAAUUAGUGAAACUGUUCCAAAUUUAAAUGUUGUACUUCCUACUGAAUUGUCUUGUGAUACAAAAUCUUCAGAAAAUUUUUCAGUACCUCAAUUCAAAUUAACUCCAACUUCACUUAACAUUGGAGAAUGCAUCACAUUACAAAAAAUUGAUAAUGCUAUAAAAUUACCUAAAAUUUUACCUCUUGUGACAAGUCAAGGAUCUGAAGUAGUGUCAAUGUCAAUUCAAAAUAUGCUUCCUAUUAAGCAGGUUCUAAAGCAAAAUAUUAUUAAAAAACAUGGAGACAUUGUUAUAAAUACAAAAGUAACAAAAAAGAUAGUGGAGUCAGAUUCUUCUGUUCUGGAUACUCAAAAAAAAAUGUUACUAGAAAGAAAUAGAUCUGCUGCCAAAAGAAGUCGUCAAAAACGUAAAGCGAAAAUUGAACAACUAGUAUCAGAUAACCAAAAAUUGAAACGUCAAAAUAUUAUGUUACAAAAUAUUUUAGUUGAGAUAAUUUCAAAAAAUAAAAAUAUUUCUGUUAAAAUUCCUUCCGGUCUUAUUACUAUACCAAUCCGAUGAAUUCUAUUAUAAUUAAAUACAUGUUCCUUUGUAAUUAAUAUACAUUAAUUAUUCUAUUGUAAUACUAAAUUGAUAGCUUAUCAAUUUAAUAGAAGAACUGAAUUAUUGUUAAUAUUUUAUGUUAUAUUUUAUACAUGUUAAAAUAAAA